AUGAUCCAUUCCUUUGACAACAACACAAUCGAAGCCCUUUUCGACGAAGGAUUGCAAUGCCUAGAAUGCAUACAACCUAAUGCAAUUGAACCAAGUGAAUCAGAGGACAUCCAAGUUUUUGUAGGUCUACUUGACGAGCCCAUGAACCGAAGGUUCUUUUAUUAUAACCGAGAGUUCAUGCACAAGAGCUAUAUGCAUGUUAUGGAGACUGUUUGUGACAAAAUAUUUGGUGAGACUUCAGCUAUUGAGGUAGAUGAGUCGGGUAUGCGACCAGUGGUUAGACCUCUGGGUGAGGGAACUAGCUCACAUGGUGCAGCCCUUGGAAUUUUUUGGACUCACAAUGAGCCUGGUGAGGUAUUAGCGCAUGCUAGCGAUGAAGUGCCAAUGCAAUCAAAUUUAAAUCCUGAUGCAAGUGAGUUUUAUCCUGGACAGACCCCAGAGGAAACUAGGACUAUGUUCCUGACAUUCUCAAGUGGUUAUCUUCUUAGCCGAGAAGAGAUUGUCAACUUCUUUACCUCGAACUGGGGGCCAGUGGUGAAAGAGGUUGUGAUUGAAAGGAUUCGUCCAGGACAAGAUCCGGUAUAUAAUGAGGAGAGGUUCAAACCAUAUAUAUGA